GCAAAUAUUUCAAUAUAUAAUUGACUAAUAUCCAAUUAUUGGUUAAUGGAUUACUGUAGUCACAGAUUACUGUUCGCAACAGAUCAUUCUGCAAUAAAGUUAACAUUUGAUCACUUAUUCGUCCAAAUCUUACAUGCAUUAAAGCAUUCACGCAACAAAACAUCCGUAAAAAAGAAACGCAUAUAUGACACAAGCAAAAAACAACGAAAUACAUUUACACUUUCACGAAUGACUUAUUCCGCACGUUUCGAAGAUCACUUCGUUCAAGAGAAAGCACAGACGCGAAAGUAAUGAAUCAAUAAUUAAUAGGAAAUCGAACCCUAACAUAUUCUUAUUAUAUUAAUUCCAUUCGUGUUUAACAAUUUGCACGUCUGUCAACAUAACACACCGAAAUUCACUGAAUAGCGACUGAUGGAAUUCUCUUUCUGUGACUUCGGCAUUUGCGUGACAUUGCGUCCGAUAACCUCCGAUAUUAGUGUAACCCAAUAUUUUUUCUUUUAUCAUUAGUAUAUAAAUCCUGUAUAUCGUGAUAUUAACAGCAGUUCAUAGCUGAAUAGUUGCGGAUUAUUAAUCGCAAACUAAAAUCUAUUAUCGUGGAAAAGAAAGCUACACGAGUCGAAACAUGAAGCUAACACUUUUGCUUUUCUUCACAUUCGUCGUUGCCACAAUGGGCAAAAAUCCAAAGGACAUGCAAUACGAAAGAAUGGUAGAAGGAAUAGCGAACUUUUUAGAAAUGACGAAGGAUGAAGCGCGGACAUGCUUCAUCGAGAAAGGCAUAACACUAGAUAUGAUAAAAUUUGACACGAGAAGGAGAAACAAUUUACAAUCACCAGAUCUCCACGACAUAAAUUUAAAAAUCGGCUGUCUGUUUGCUUGCUUAGGCCAGAAGAAAGAAAUGAUGACAGAUGCGCAUUUAAAUGUAGGCAAGAUAAAAAAAAUGAUGGACUCCAAGGACGGAAAACCUAGUCCUGAGGAUCUCGCUAAACUCUAUCAAUAUGUGGAUUUGUGCGCCAAUCAGGUUAAAACCAUAACCGACGAGUGCAAAGUAGCUGCAACAUUCGUGUUAUGCAUGGAUUCAUAAAUUGCAACGCUUCUACGAGAUACAGUGACAAUGAAUAUGAAUUAAUGAUAAUGAUAAUGGAAAUUAAUGAUAUGAUAAUAAAUAAAGUAUGUAAAUAAAGCACAAUAUUAUAAUAUGUUAAGAACUUCUUCACUUUAAAACGUACAACACGGAUCU